CUUCUCUAAUGGGUUUCUGUUUCUUUCUCUUUCUAUCAUUGCGAUUGGGUUUUGCUUCUUCUCUAAUGGGGUUUCUGUUUCUUUCUCUUUCUAUCGUUGCGAUUUAUCUUUCUAUCAUCAUUGCGGUUUAGUUCUCACAUUCUGGUUGGGAAUUAACCCAUGUGAUGAGACAGAGGUUACCCUUGAUUAUACAGGUGUCGACGAUUAUUUAUAGGGUUUCUCUCUUUCGAUCGUUGCGAUUUAGUUCUCAUUCAGGUGUCAGCUUAAGGAUUAACUAGGAGCAUGUGUUGCCUAUCGUGCUGGCCUACAAUUAGUGGUUCAAUGGUUGCGGCAGGGAUUACCCGGGUAAGAUUUCUUCUCCCUUUUUUGUAGGUUAAGCUUCUGUAGUGUUUUGAGGUCGCCUAUAAAUUGUCGUCGGCAUGGGAGUUUUUCUUCAUCGCAUCUAUUUGUAUCUCCUUCUUUGGUUAAUUAUACUCUUGAGUUUCUAAUCAUGGCUUCUUGCCUGUUGUCUACUCUUCCUGAUGAUCCACGAGAUUGUGCUCUACAACUUCGGCUUUUGCAUGCGUGGAAGUCUGGGGAUCCUUCCGUUCCCGAUCAGUUCUUUGCGUUCUCAACUCUCUGGGUUGAUGCCUCGGGUACUUUUAUUGAGGGGAUUUCACAUCGUUCGUUUGCAGAAGCCUUGAGUGGCUGUCUCAGCAUUGGCUCUUUGUAUGUGAUUCGAGAGUUUGCAAUGUGUGAUCCGCAGGCUUCUUUUCGGGCAUGCAACUUCCAUCGGUGUUUGGUGAUCACUCCAGCAACAAAACUUGAGGAUGUAACCGCAAGUUCAAUUGGUUUCACUACCAAAUCAUUUCAGAAAGGAGCGGGAUUUCUCUAUGUAUUUGGAUGUGGGGAUCAUUUUCGUCAAUACUUGAUGCACGGGGCCUUGGUUGACCUCGGUCGUAAUGAGGCUGUUGUAUUGGCGUUUGGUGGUCUCACUAUGACUCAACUCCGUGGAGAGGUUAACGGAUCUAGCACUUCUAGCACACGUGUAGUUGUCAAUCCACUUAUUCAUGAGGCUGAUGCUAUAAAACUACGUUAUACCACUGAGGUUGGUUCAGCAAGGUAUAUUGUGUUUGAUACGGAGGACAAAAUCAGACAAUAUCUAUAUAACUCUUUCCGUACAAUCGAGGAGCUCCACCAAAUUCUUGCUUCGGAUUAUAAUCCGGAUCAACGAUUUUGGUGUGCUCCAAUUCGGGUAUUUGAUGCUCUAGUAGAUAUUGAAAAUGAUAAGAAAGAUUUCUUGGUUCAGAAGGGAUUUGGGAAAUUCUUUGGUGUAGUCUUGGACGAGUUUGAUAAAUAUAUGGGUUCAUGGAUUAACAACCAAUAUAACACCACUGAUCAUACCCUCACACUUCCCAAUGGAACUGUGCAUCAUGUGGUGGAAGAUGAUUUUGAGCUUGUGUAUGGGCUGCCCAGAGGGGAUACGGAAGUCCCUAGUCCUACCAUGAAAACCGACCCUGGUUCAUUAUUUCCUGCAACUCUGUACGAGUUGGGAGAUGCAGUGAAGAGAACUCGUGAUGUCGAGACCUGGUUCAAGUUGUUUUUUGUGUUCUUAAUCAACUCUCUCUGUAUUGGUUCGAGUCAUGAUGUUGAGAGAAAGUUUGGGCAUCUUGUUAGUAAUGAAAUGUUGUUGAGGUUCAACAACUUCAACUGGUGUAAGUACUUCCUCCAGCUAUUCAAAUAUACUAUUGCUUUUGAACCUAAAGGAAAUCGUCGUGCUGAUUAUUAUUUCCUUGUGGUUCUGUAUCUUGUUAAAUCAAACAAGACCAACAAUUCAGAUUGCUUGCUGAGUGGCUUCCUAGUAAUGUUGUGAAAGAGAAACUGAAUAAGGCAAUAAAGGAGGGCUGCAUUCGUACGCAUACUGACAUUGAUGCCAUUCUUCUCGAACUUGAACGUGUCGAAAAGGAGGCUAAAAAAAAGCCCAGGGUUCUACAACAUGUGGCGAUGUUUCUGCUAUUAUGUGGAAGAAGAUCACAAUUUCAAUACCUGAGACUGUGAUUUCUGAAGUUAAGAGUUAUGAAGAGGAAGGAGAAGAAACAGAGGGGUUUUUUUGACAGUUAAAAAGAAGAAGCAGAGGAGCCGAGCAGGGACUGGGAGGAAGUCGCAGCAAGAAGAAGGCGGCAAACAACAACGGCAGAAGAGGAAAUUGACAAUUUGGUGACGAGGAAGAAGAGGAAAUUGACGACGACGGCAGUUGCUGCUUGCAGCGGUGAAGAAUCGAGGAAGUUACAAACUGAAGCUGUUGGUGGUCGAUGAUACUGGUGAGUCCACGUUUGCACUCAUCGGUUCAACGGCUGAAGCUAUUAUUGGUGUCCCGGCAUCCGAGCUAAUACGAGGCAUUCCCUCAUGGGAUUGGUGAACUUCCACCAAUAAUCGAACGAACUUCGUGGUAGGGAAGUGGUUUUUGAGGUACAAAUGCCACGCCUAAUAUAUUCUACUCUGUCUCCCGAGCUUCGGAUAAUACGCAUGGUAGAAUCUGAUGGAUCAGUUGCGAGAGUUUUACCACGACGUGUUGUUUCUACCAACAGGCCCAACGUUUCUGGCUUUAGUUCAGUAGCGCCUACACAGGCAGGCAUAUUCUACCUCUGCCACUGUUAUUGGCUCCACUUCAAAUGGGUGUUCAGUGACAGAUUCUACCUCGACCCAUGUUCGUUUGAAUGGCAAAGGAAAAGUUGGGGUUUCAAUUGGUGGGAAUAUUGUUUGUAGUAGAUGAAGUUGCAGCCCCGACCGACGAUCAGAGGAACUCAAAUGAUUCAGGUGGAGUACUUCGUGGUAAAGGAAAGCGUGCUAUAGGGGAAAAGAUAUGGAGUGCCAACAUGUUUCUCUGCAUCUACUCAAGGUGACCUCUUUGAUGUUGUUCGAGUUGGUGCAUCUUCUUCCCCAACAAUGAGUGGCAGUGUUGUUGUGUCUGACGCCACGAAUGCUACUCUGCCCGUUGUUCGUAACAACGAACAACGUGUCAUCCGCUUCGUUUGAUUCCCCUCUCAAGGUGUUCAAGUAAGGAGCAAGUCUUUGUGAAUAUGUAUGUUUGGAGACAUGGUUGUCUUUUGUUUUGUCGAUGAUCAAGGGUUGUUUUGGGAAUGUGAGGCGAAGGGACCAAAUUAUAUUGACUUCCAUUCCGUCUUAAGAUAUAAAGUCAUGUGGCACAUAUACCUUCAGAUUUAGUAGUAUAUAGUAAUAAGAAACGGACUAAUUUU